GCAGGAGGAAGAGGCGACCCUCCUCGUCGGUCGACAGCGAGCUCGUCCCCAUCCUACGCGUCGCCAACGAGAUCGAGACCCUCAACCCUCGCGUCGCCCACCUCUGUCGUUUUCAUGUAUUUGAGAAGGCUCAUAAGUUGGAUCCUGCGUCAAGCAAGUGUGGCACUCGUCGGUUCAACACAUAUCUCUUAGACUGGAAGAGGUCAAUUCUGGAGGAUCCACGCAUUCAGCAAAAUGGCAAGCCUCUUGAAAAUGCUCUAGCUUCACAGUCAAUCUUUCAGCUGGGCUUGUUACUGGUUCUGCCUAUGGUUUUGGAAGUUGGUUUGGAGAAGGGAUUUCAGACAGCUAUUGGUGAAUUUAUUCUAAUGCAGCUGCAACUGGCUUGUGUUGUCUUUACCUACCAGCUUGGGACUAAAGCCCAUUACUAUGGGAGGACAAUACUGCAUGGAGGUGCAAAAUAUAGAACUACGGGCCAUGGUUUUGUACUAUUUCAUGCGAAGUUUUCUGAUAACUACCGCAUGUACUCCCGCAGCCAUUUUUGUUUGAGGACUAGAGCUGUUGAUAUUGUUGAUUGUCUAUUAAGUAUAUGGAAAUUCACAUCGAAGCUGGACGCUGUACCUGUUCGUCAUGUUUUCUGUGUUUCUAGGUUGCUUCACGGAUGUUUGCAGCAUUUGUAUUCAACCCUUCCGGAUUUGAGUGGCAGAAGACAGUUGAUGAUUGGACAGACUGGAAAAAAUGGAUGGAAAACCUUGGAGGAAUUGGGAUUGCAGCAGAUAGGAGUUGAAUCAUGAUGGGAGAGUGAGCAUACUAGAGAUCGUCCUGGCUCAACGCUUCUUGAUCUUCCAGUAUGUCUACGGGUUUGUCAUGGCUGGUGAUGUUGACCAGUGCUGAAGGUAAUGCACUAAACACACGAGAACUGAUGAUCGCUCGACUAACUUCAUGAUCAGUCAUGUCCAGUAAAUGAAAAUUCUAUAUAGAUCAACAAAGUGAGACUUGAGGCAUAAUAACAUUGUAUUCUGGAAUUAAAUAAUGGGUGCUGAAGCAUGAAAUAUGAGUAACUGAUGGGAUUGUCUAUAUUGGUCGAGCUGUUUUUUCAAUUACUUAACUGGUACUUUGCACUGCAUGCAAUGCAGGGCAGUACUUUUUGUAUAGUCUAA